CUUUUCACCACUUUCUCAAUGCCCUGUUUCUUCUCUACACUUCUUCUAUGCAGUCCUCUCUGCCUCUACCUCCGCCUUUUACUCUUUCGCUUAGCUAUUUAACUUCCAAAAGCAGAUACUAGUUUCUUCAAAUCUCAAUUUAUUUAUUUAUAUGUAUUGUUCUCUGAUCUGGGUCUUCAUUUGUUCAUACUCAGAUCAUAGUUAAAGCCACUCACUUUAGUCUCUGAUUAUCUACUCUCACUACUAUUGCAACCAUCGAUAUAUGUCAACUUAUCUGCUAUUUGGGUUUUCUAUUGGAGAUGCAAAUGGUGGCUGUUUCUUAUGAGAUAUAUUUAUAAGUUUGAGAUUUAUUACAAGAGGUGUUCCUAUUAUGGGUAGAGGUAGAGGAAAAGGGAAGAAACAGAAUGCUACUACUGCUCGUGAGGACGCUGGCACUGGUGAGGAAGAAAAGAUUCCGACAUACAGGAGAAGAGGAAGGCCACAGAAACCUUUGAAGGAUGAAAUUGAGGAAGAAGAAGAAGCCCAGAAGUUAGAAGAAGAAGAGGAAGACGAAGAAGAAAACGGUGAGAACACAAAAAGUUCUCUCUCUAACAAAGACCUGAAAAAUCAGGAUGCUGCGGAGAAUGGAAGGAAGAGGAAGAGGUCUUCACAGGUCAAGGGGAAUCCAAAUCCCAUCAAAGAGGAGAACGGCGCGGGGACCAAAACUAGCACUGACGACUCAAUUAGGUUUAAUGGAUUCAGACAAAAUGGGAGCAGGCGGAAAAACAAGCCUCGACGGGCUGCUGAAGUAGGUGUGAAGUGCAAAUGAGAUUCAGGUUGGCCGUCAAUGUGACUCUACCUUAUUUUGUCAUAUGUUUUUUCUUUUUGGUAAUCUGGUGUCCUGCCCAAAUGUUGCUUUCAAUCAAAUGGGUGGUUUCUAUUGGGAGUUUUGAAACAGAUUAUACUGCUAGAAUCUUCUCUCAAGCUAUCACCAUUAAAUAUUUCUGCGGUUUUUUUUUUUUGUAUUGUUCACUAUCAGUAAGUAAGCAGAAACUUCUUUUACCUGGUAAAAGUUUUUCAUUAUCACAUAUUUUUUUGUUGCAAUUGUACUAAUUAGCUUCGAGCUU